AAAACAUUCGUUAACCUACAUGCACCAUAAAAUUUUCCUAAAACAAAUGGACAACGGGGGAUAAAGUAUCCUUUGCUAUCAGAGCCAUCAGCCAUGGCUGCAAUUUCUACAGGUAGUGGGAGUCAUCUCCCAAAUCUCAAUAGCUCAGCUAUCAGAAAUCCCACCCCCUCAUCAGUAUCUCUAUCUCUUGACGAGAAACGCAAGUCCAGAUUAAAAUCCUUCAGUUUCACCUCAAGACCCCCUUCAAGAGCAACAAUAAAUCAUGUCGUUUUCGCGGUUGGAGGGGAAAGCUUCAGUUUUUUACACGAUGUUUUCCUGGGUGUUGGGGUUGGACUUCCGUGUACAGUCAUGCAGUGUGGGGAUGUAAUAUACAGGAGUACUCUACCCAAAUCCGAUGGGCCAACAAUUACUGUUCCUGGGGUGAUUUUAGCUUUGGGUACCCUGUCUUACCUCUGGGCUACCCCUGGUGUGGCACCUGGAUUUUUUGAUAUGUUUGUUCUUGCAUUUGUUGACAGGCUGUUUAGACCUAGUUUUAAGAAGGAUGAUUUCGUUUUUGAAAAGAAGUUGGGAGAAGGAGCUUUCGGUUCUGUUUAUAGAGUUUCCUUGGCAAAAAAGGCAUCAUCAAAGUUGAAGGACAGUGGUUUAGUUUUGAAAAAGGCAACUGAAUUUGGAGCAGUGGAAAUAUGGAUGAAUGAACGUGUACGAAGGGCAUGUGCAAAUAGUUGUGCUGAUUUUCUGUAUGGGUUUCUUGAGAGCUCUUCAAGAAAAGGAGCAGAGUAUUGGCUUUUAUGGCGCUUUGAAGGGGAAGCCACACUUGCUGAUUUGAUGCAGAGUAAAGAGUUUCCAUAUAAUGUUGAAGCAUUUAUUCUUGGAAAUAAUCGGGACAUGCCUAAGGGGUUGGAAAGGGAAAACCGGAUCAUUCAAACAAUAAUGAGACAACUGUUAUUUGCAUUAGAUGGUCUUCAUUCAACCGGAAUUGUCCAUCGUGAUAUUAAGCCUCAAAACAUUAUUUACUCUGAAGGUUCCCGCACUUUCAAAAUUAUUGAUCUGGGAGCUGCAGCUGAUUUAAGAGUUGGCAUAAACUAUAUUCCAAAAGAGUUUCUGUUAGAUCCAAGGUAACUUGUUACAGGAUAAAGAGAGAAAAAGGUGGUGGGAGGAGUUUUCCUUUACAUUCUUCAAAUAUUUGCGUUGGAGCUUCAUUGAAGCGUGUGAUGCAGUAAUGGUGAAUAACAUGAAGGAGAUAUGCAGCACCUGAACAAUACAUCAUGAGCACGCAAACCCCUUCCGCACCUUCUGUUCCUGUAGCAACUGUACUCUCUCCGGUUCUGUGGCAGUUGAAUCUGCCGGAUAGAUUUGACAUCUACAGUGCUGGACUCAUAUUCCUUCAAAUGGCAUUUCCAGGGCUCCGCAGUGACAACAGUCUCAUAAAAUUCAACCGCCAACUUAAGAGAUGUGGUUAUGAUUUAGUGUCAUGGAGAAAGACAACCGAACCUCGUGCAGGCCCUGAACUACAAAGGGGUUUUGAGUUAUUAGACCUUGAUGGUGGAAUAGGAUGGGAACUAUUAACAUCAAUGGUUCGCUAUAAAGCUCGCCAAAGAAUCAGCGCAAAGGCAGCCCUGGCUCACCCUUAUUUUGACAGAGAAGGUCUUCUGGCCGUGACAUUCAUUCAGAACCUGAAGCUGCAGUUCUUUAGAGUCACACGACAGGAUUACGGUGAAGCUGCCAAGUGGGUUAUUCAACUAAUGGCGAAGUCAGGGACACUUCAAAAUGGAGGUUUUACGGAAGCUCAACUGCAGGAUCUCAGGGAAAAAGAGUCUAAAAUGAAGCCGAGUCCACAAAGAAAUUUGCUUUCAUCGCCCCUUCGGCUUCAAAAGAGGGUAAUUGGAGCAAGGAACGGGAGUAUUGAUGAGCUUAAACAAAGUAGGAAAAGCUUGUGGUGGAGCAAAUGGAUUCCAAGGGACAAACCAAAACUGUAAAUAAAUAGAAUUGCUGUUUCCUGUUUUCUUGUGUAUUGUAAGCCUUGUAAUGUGCAAGAAAACUGUAGCCUAUAAUGACCGUGUCUAUUAAUUUGAAGACAACUUCAUUUAAAAAAUUCACGGCUCUUGAUUCUUAUUUAAAAUAAUUAGUUUGAAUAUCAAGUUGUACCAUAACCUCCAAAUGUGGAGACUUCUUACGUGUUUGCCACUUGAACAAGAUAAGCUUAGAGCAUUGCGUACAACUUCCAACUUCUCUAACUACUAUGCAUGUUAUUGGAG